AUGCAGUUCAAAUACUUAGCUGCUCUUGCUGGUGCCAUCUCGGUGACUAGCGCUAUCGGUGAUCUUGCAUUCAACUUGGGUGUUAAAGAUAAUUCCGGUAACUGUAAGACUUCCUCAGAAUACGCUACCGACUUGUCAACUUUGAGUUCUUACUCUAAGAUUGUCAAGACUUACGCUGUGUCUGAUUGUAAUACUUUGCAGAACUUGGGACCAGCUGCUGAAGAAGCUGGUUUUCAAGUGAUGUUCGGUAUUUGGCCCACUGAUGAUUCUCACUUUGAAGCUGAGAAGGCGGCCUUGCAGAAAUACCUUCCAAAGAUUCUGACAAGUACAGUCAAAGGUUUUCUCGUUGGGUCAGAAGCUUUGUAUAGAAAUGAUUUGACUGCUACUGAAUUGGCAAGCAAAAUUUCUGAAAUUAAGGAUUUGAUCAAAGACAUCAAGGACAAAGAUGGUAACUCUUAUUCUUCAAGCCAAGUAGGUACUGUUGACUCAUGGAACGUUUUAGUUGAUGGUGGUUCUAAGCCAGCAAUUCAAGAAGCAGAUUUUGUUUUUUCUAAUGCCUUCUCAUACUGGCAAGGACAGACCAUGAAUAAUGCUUCAUACUCUUUCUUUGAUGACAUAAUGCAGGCUUUGCAAGUUAUUCAAACUGUCAAAGGUCUGACUGACAUCAACUUCUGGGUUGGAGAGACUGGCUGGCCAACAGAUGGAUCAGCAUUCGAGUCUGCUCAGCCAUCCACUGCCAAUGCUAAGAGCUUCUGGCAAGAAGCUAUCUGUGCUAUUAGGGGCUGGGGUAUUAACGUUGCUGUUUUUGAAGCUUUUGAUGAAGCUUGGAAACCAGACACAUCAGGUAUCUCUUCUGUUGAAAAACACUGGGGUGUUUGGGAUUCUAACAGUGACCUCAAGUACUCUUUGAGCUGUAAAUUUUAA